UCAAGCCUGGUCCAGCACCAGCUGCGUAGCACAAAGGGUAGGCUGCUCGCUUCGUCCGAGCGAGCGCAGGAGCUAAGAGCGAUCCCCUGAAUCGGAUGCGCCGCUGCUGCGGUGCCUCUGACGCCGCGCGGACUCUGGCCACCACCCUCCGGUCUCCUGUGUUCCCUUCUCGUCGCACCCAAUCGGGGAGCUGCUCCGGCCGGCGUCUGCCCCAUAGUCAGGUUACACGAUGGAGCAUGCUGUUGUUAGUGCCGCUGAAGGUUCCAUCCAUACUCCACUGGGAAAGCUGGGCACAAUCCUCAUUCAACAAGCGCAACUUGUAGGCGGUGUCCGAGGUCAGCUGCAAUAUUUGAAGGAUGAGCUGGAGAGCAUGAUGGCCUUCCUUCAGGACCUUUCUGAGAAAGAUGAACACCGCAGGCAGGUUAAGAUAUGGAUGAAGCAAGUGCGAGAGGUUGCUUACGAUGUCGAGGAUUGUAUUGAUGGAUUUAAACACCACAUUGGCAACAGCAGCAACAACUACGGCAGAGGUUCUGCGGCAUUUUUCCAUAGGAUCACCCAGUUAUUGCGGACCAUCAGAGUGCGGCAUCAGAUUGCCAGACAAAUUCGAGAACUAAAAACACGUGCUACUAAUAUCAGUGACCGAAACUCAAGGUAUGGUGGCAGUCAUAUCAUGUCUGGUGCUUCUGGGAAUUGUAUAGCCACUUAUUGCACCCCGGCUAAUCUUUUUAAUCUGGAUGCACGCAUUUCUGCUCUCUUUCCUGAGAGAAAUCAGCUUGUGGGCAUUGAACCACGUCAGGAUAAUAUUUUUAGAUGGUUGAUGGAAGAGCAUACGCAACAGCUACGUGUGAUAUCUUUGUUUGGUUUUGGUGGUUUGGGCAAGACCACUCUUGCCAUGACAGCAUACCAGAGUCUGUCUGCAACAAGUGCAUGCUUUAAGUAUCAAGCUUUUGCUACUGUGUCACAGAAGUUUGAUGUCAAAGUGCUGAUGAGUGACAUUCUUCGGCAAAUUAUUCAACCAUGUUAUCACCCAGGUCGUGUGAGAACUGGUGAAGCGCCCAUAGAAGAUCCACUCAAAGGCAUGGAAAACUGGGACGUGGGACAACUCGCAAACAUGCUCAGGCAACAGCUGGAAAACAAGAAGUAUCUUAUUGUUCUUGAUGAUAUUUGGAGCAUAUCUGCAUGGGAAGGUAUUCGAUUUUCUCUGCCUGACUCAAACAAUGGUAGCAGAAUACUGGUUACUACACGAAUCAAAGCUGUAGCGUACAGUUGUUGUUGUCAUGAGUAUGACCGAGUUUAUGAGAUUGAACCUCUCACAGAUCAUGAAUCAAGAGAUUUAUUUUUCAAACGGAUCUUUGGUGGCGCAGCUAAUUGUCCUGAGAAUUUAAAGGAAAUUUCAGCAAAGAUUUUGAGAAAAUGUGGGGGUACACCUUUAGCAAUAGUUAGUAUAGCAGGUCUGUUGGGUAGCAAACCAGGGCACAGCAUAGAACAGUGGGAGAAGGUUUAUGGCUCUCUUGGUUCAGAGCUAGAAACCAGUCCUUCACUUGAAAAAUUGAAGGAAAUACUUGAGCUUAGCUAUAAUGAUCUUCCUUACCAAUUGAAAACUUGUUUCUUAUAUUUAAGCAUUUACCCCGAGGACCACAACAUCAGAAGGAAAAGUUUACUUAGACGAUGGAUAGCAGAACAUUUUGUGACUGAAAAGCGUGGACUAAGUGUGUUUGAGGUAGCAGAAAGUUAUUUUGAUGAACUCGUCAACCGAAGCAUUAUUCAGCCUGUGGACGUGAGCAUUACUGGGAAGGUCAAAACAUUCCGAGUUCAUGAUGUGAUGUUGGAGAUCAUUGUGUACAAGUCAAUUGAAAAGAACUUUGUCACUCUGGUAGGCGACCAACAUACUUCAGUUCCACAAGAGAAGAUUCGCCGGCUAUCUGUUCAUAGUGGAGGUGUGGUGAGAGAGAUCUCCACAAGGGAAAUGUUAUCCCACGUCCGGUCCUUGAGUAUAUUUGCCAAUGGAGAAAUAUUGCAGUUUGGAUGGAUGAAGGUUGUGAAAAUAUUGGAUCUAGAAGGUUGUGAGUUUGUGAGAAACAAAGAUCUCAAAAACGUGUGCAGACUGUUUCAGUUGGAGUAUCUUAGUCUCAGAAAAACGCGUAUUAUGGAACUUCCAACAAAGAUUGGAAACCUGCAGAAGUUGGAGACUCUGGAUAUAAGGCAGACCAGCAUAAAGCAUUUACCUCAUGGCAUUACCAAUCUAGCACGUUUAGAAAACUUACUUGGUGGCCGAAGGUCUUAUAACCAUGAUGGCUUGUGGCCUAUUUCUAAGUUUUGGGGGGCAACUGUCCCUAACAAGCUUGGAAAUCUGGUUAGCCUUACAACACUUGCUGAGAUUGAAAUCACAGAUGUUACAUCUCGUUACAUCAGUGAGCUUGGGAAAUUGUCGCAAUUGAGGAAGCUUGGAGUAAUGAUGUUUGUUGAUGAUGACAAUAGCUGGGCAUCCUUGAUCUGUGCACUUGAGAAGCUAAGCAGCAGCCUUUGCUCACUUCUACUUUGGCAACGUGAUGGUGCCAUCAACUUUAAUUCUCUUGAUUCAUUGUCCAGGACACCAGUUUUCAUGAAAAGCAUGAACUUCCGAGGUCGAUUAGGAAAACUACCGAAGUGGUUCCCUUUACUGUCCAGCCUCGCCGAGCUGACCCUACGUGCAACUGAACUAAGCGUCGAGGUAGACCUUCAGGUACUUGCACAGUUGCCAUGUCUGCUCUACCUUAGGUUGCAUCACAGUGCCUUCACAUCAACAGAAUUCAGAGUUUCAGCAUCAGAAUUCCCAUGCCUUAAACUGCUCGUCAUUCAGACCGCAGUGUUUGAAACUUUGAAGGUGAGGUUUGAAGAAGGGGCCCUGCCUAAGCUCGACAGGCUAGAGUUGUCUCUGUUUGAAGACGCGUCCAUCCAAGAGCUUUCUGGCAUCAAGUUUCUUCAUAGUCUUAAGGAGGUAACAGUCUGUACUUGUCCAGGCAAUUCCACAGAGGACGCCAUGCGCAAUCUUAUGAUUGAGGCCGAGGAGAACCUCAACAAACCUACUGUCACUAUCAAGGCAAAACAAUGGAUAACAGAGGAGUCAAGGUACCGUAAUGUGCAACUGACGAGCCAGUCUGCAUAGAUAAAAUUUGUGAAGUUCUGUUUUAUGCUAGGAUCCGGCUUCUUGUUAAAUGUUGAGUAUAUGGAGUCUACAUAACCGUCCAAAUAUGCCAUGUUUGGAAUGCAGGAAUUCUACUCUUUGAAAAAAAAAGAUAGAAAAUUAUGAGAUUCUUAUAUGUUUUACGGAUCUGAUCCCAACAAGUGCACAUUGCAACAGAAAGGCAGGCAUGGCCAAAAAUGACAAGUAAUUCUCUGAUUUGUUGAAUUAAGGACAAAUAGUAUGGUACCCGAUGAAUAUCACGGAUACUGCACGUGUGUACUUCACCAACAUUUUUGCGACUUGGUCUUUCA